AUGAUACAUGACUUGCUUUAUCUGAAAAGCUCUUAAACGUGACUGAAUAUUGUCUCACUAAAUUCCAUCGCCUCGGAAAUCCUCUCACGAACUUUCGAACUUCCGGGCCUUGAGUUUGUCAAAUCUGCAGGCUCUCAUUAUUCAGGAGAUUGCUGUGAAGUCAUCAAUGCCGACCCACCUGAUAUGCUCUCUGUCGAGGCAGUCGAUUUUUCCUCGACCACGAAAUUCUUGGAAGAGUUCGAUCGUCUGCCAGCAAGGUCAUCUACAAAGGCCUCCAAGGUGUGUGUGUGUGUGUACAAGAAAUCUGGCUUCGAGGACAAGGGCCUCCUCCGAGGAGGUGACACUGAUCGGACGGUCUCGCGGCCCUUGUACGACGGUUGGCCCGACAGGGGUCUUGCCCUCGUGAGCCUCAGCUUCAGCUCAUCCUGUAGCUCCUUCAUCUCUUUGAUCUGCUCCCUUCAACGCAAGUCAGCACGACACGGUUGACCCCGCAGGACAUACUUGGUGGGGAAGACAGUCGGGGAAUCAGGAGGAGUCCGGCUGGGCGAAGCUCCGUCGACAUCGCCAUCGAGCUCCAAUUGUAACGCUGCUGUUGCUUCCAUGAGCGUGCUGAUGAGCAAGUGAGUCGGCAAAAGAGUCGCGGGAGGUGAAGCCAUGGCCACUCACCGAUGUAUCUUGUCGUUGACUUGUUUGAGAGCCCCGCUGUAUUGAAAGUCGUCUCCCACUUCUGCGACUCCGUAGUGAAAAGGUCGAGAGGACAGCGCCAGAUCAAACUUGGCAGUACACACCGUGAGCAUUCUCAGCCUCUGCACCGUCUCUUGGUGUCUCUGGUUGGAGAUUCCUCGAUGAGGUCUGUAUCAUCGUCGACAUGAGGUAGUUGGUGUCCUUAGAUGCAGACUCUUCUGCCGGGAGCGACGGCUGCGAGAAGUUGAGUUCUUGUGUACUCAAGCAGUCGAAUCAGAUUCAGUCACCUUCCUCUCACUGUUUCCACGGAGUUUUGAAAGUACAGAGGCCACAGCACCAUCGCCUUGCUUGUAUUCGACUGCCGCGGUAGCGUCUGCCAAGAAGAUCAGAUUGUCCUCUUCAACUGUGUCCUCAGACUUUGAGAUCCAGCGCUGAGGUCUCGAUU